AUACACUUGUUGUGUAACGUGUAAUUAUUGCUUAUACGCAUUCGUGAAUUACACACAAAUUGACUUUAUAAACACUUAUUCUAUUUUGUCCCACAGAUGGCAUAAACUAUUUUUAUUGAAUGAUUGUUAACAAUUCGUUUCAAUAUAUUCAGCUUAUAGAGUAUAUAAAUAUCAAAUGGAAUUAAUUAAUCAAUUAAAACAGUUAAAAAAUUAAUAAUUAAAAAAUAAAACAAUUUGUCCAUUAAAUAAUUAUUUCCUUCUUAUAAAAUUAGAAUCAAGUUCAAGUUUAUCGUGAAGUGUUUAAAAAUAGUUGUUUACAUACGGAAAAUUGUAUCAUCUAAUCGUCUCACGAUUAAAUAAGUGCGAAUAAGAAAAGGAGAAAUUAUCAUUUUCCUUAAAAUGAUAACAAUAAUGAAGAUUUUUCAACUACUGAGUAGUUUAUUUAUAGGAACAACUUUAAUACGACCUAUAAAUGGUUUAGAAAAGGGUGCCAAGUCGUUUGUAAUGACCAAUGCAAACGCUAAAAACGUGAUCAGAGAGUUUGAAUACUACGUUAACGUUGCAGAGGAGGAGGAUAUUAAGAAUUCCAUUAUGCAAAAUAAAAUAAAUCUUUUCGAUUUCACGACUGAGAGUAAUAUUGAUAAUUGGAUGGAAAUUUCGGACUCGGUUCGAACAGUUGGAAAAUCAAAAGCCACACUGGUUCUUCAACGGACUCAAGUUUUUCAAAGGGCAAUAUUUUUUACACUCUUAAAUCCACAACCAAAUGGCGCAGGAUUCGCCGGUGUUCGCACACUAACCAAUUGGAAUUUAUCGUCUGUUAAAAAUAUCGAAAUCACUUGCCGUGGUCAGGGGAACAAUGAGAAUUAUAAAAUUGUUCUCAGACACAAUGGUCAUCAAUCGAACGAGGAUAUUUCCUACGAGCAAUUUUUUACGGCGCCAAUGUCAAGUGAAACAUUUUCAACUGUAACAAUUCCUUUGGAUAAUUUCAAGCCCUACUAUCGUGGCAAGGAGAUUAUAGAUGCGGAUCCUUUGAAUACCUCUAACAUAACAAUGUUCGGUUUGCAAGUUUACGGCGGCGUUUACUUGCCCAUUAAACAAAAGGGAGUAUCGGCUUUGGAAAUCGAAACAAUUGCGGCCACUUCCUAAAGUUACAUCUCCUAAAAACUUUUAUUCAUCCUCAAGCGAGUCAACAAAUAAUUCCAAGUUCUAUUAUUUAUUUCCUCACGCCGAACAACUGAAUUAAAUUAACUUUUUUUUCAAACUCAAAAACUACAUUGUGAAAUAAAUCAAUGAUAACUUCUUUAAUAAAAUAAAAAUAAUGAAAA